UUGCAUGAUGGUUAAAUAGCCCAGCCGGGGAACCCGCCAUUUUCUGCUGGGGCUGGCGGGAAAGGCGGGAAGGGAGCGAGAGCAGCGCGAGCGCCGGCGCGGGACUCCCAACGGCUCCAACGGUCGCUGCAGUGAGGAGCGCGAGCCACACACACAGCAGAUUUCUUCCGCACUAAAGACCAUCCAGAAUGGCCCGUACCAAGCAGACCGCUCGUAAAUCCACUGGUGGGAAAGCCCCCCGGAAGCAACUGGCCACCAAAGCAGCCAGGAAAAGUGCACCCUCCACUGGGGGAGUGAAGAAACCUCAUCGUUACAGGCCUGGCACUGUGGCCCUUCGAGAGAUCCGGAGGUACCAGAAAUCCACUGAGCUGCUGAUUCGCAAACUCCCGUUCCAGCGUCUGGUCCGUGAAAUCGCUCAGGACUUCAAGACGGAUCUGCGGUUCCAGAGUGCGGCCAUUGGAGCCCUGCAGGAAGCCAGUGAGGCUUAUCUCGUGGGUCUCUUUGAAGACACCAACUUGUGUGCAAUCCACGCCAAAAGAGUCACCAUCAUGCCAAAAGACAUCCAGCUGGCACGUCGUAUCCGCGGCGAGCGGGCUUAACUCAUUGGCGGCCGAUAUCCGCUCACACAGUGUAUUAGAGUAGACUCUAGGUUUGUUUGUUUUUUUCCUACUCCUGUUUGUAGUGGCUAGGACACGGGGAGAUGUUAUAACCUAUCUUAGUAGGAUAUAAGCGAUCAGGAGAGUUGAAUCAGUUUGUUCAUAAUGUACAAGCAAAAAAACAAAUUGAGAAAUUUA